AUGCUGACAAGACGCAUGCAGUGUCUGCGGGGCGCCGGUGUCUUUAGAACCGUUGCCGCCCUCCCACUACUGGCACAACGACCCAACUUCUACAGGCCCUUGACGUGUUCUGCUCUGAGGAGGAACAAUGAUCACAGCUACCGCCACGAGAGUCGUAAAGACAAGGAGAUGCAGGAUCUCAAGGAGUCGAGAAAGAUGCGCGAGCAGGAGGCCUUGGACGACGCCGCGUUUCGAAACACGUUUGAAUUCGCUGUGGAAAAGACGCGAGAUUCAGAUGGCAAGUCACCGGAACCCGAAGUUGAGAUUGAUGUAGACAGAGAGGCCCAGACUCCCUGGGAUCCUGUGGGCUCGCAGUCACGACAUGAAACACGCCAGGAACACCGCGAACGAUUUGACGAUAUCAAAAAGACGCUGCCUUCUUCUGUCCAUGAAAGCCAACCCCAGAUGUACAAAUGGUUUGGAGAGAAGAUGGAUCAGAUCCAGGCUGGAGCACUCACGGCUGGCCAGACGCUCAAUGAGGUCACCGGAUACAAGGCGAUUGAGAAGUUGAAGCUGUCAAUUGAGAAGCUCGAGGACGAGGUGUUGGAGGCACGAGCCGAGGUUAGAGAAGCAAAGAGAAUGUACUCGGAUGCCAUCUCGGAGCGGUCCAACAGUCAACGGGAGGUCAAUGAGCUUCUUCAGAGAAAGCACAACUGGACUCCUGCUGAUCUGGAGCGAUUUACAGAGCUGUAUCGUAACGACCAUGCGAAUGAACAUUCGGUUAAUGAUGCCAAGAAACGACUAGGAGAGUGCGAACAUCACGUUGAGGAUCUGACUUUGCAGUUAAGCAAGCAGAUUCUCACGCGGUAUCAUGAGGAGCAGAUUUGGUCCGAUAAGAUCAGACGGGCUUCGACCUGGGGAACGUGGAUCCUUAUGGGAUUCAACGUUGUCUUGUUCAUUGUUGUUCAGCUUGGAUUGGAGCCCUGGAAACGAAGACGCCUGGUGGGCUCGUUCGAAGACAAGGUGAAGGAGAGCCUUCAGGAAUGGGAAGCUCGAAAUGAGGCCCGACGUCUCGAAGAGGCUACUAUGGCUGCCACUGCUACUCAGGCCAUCACCGAGCUCCAGCGUAGAAUUGAGUCUCCCCACGUCAGCAAGGCUGAUGUCGUGGAAGCAGAGGCCGAGAUUAACUCCAUCAAGACCAACCUGGCCACCUGGUUCAAGGAGCGAGAAGAGGAGGAGAAGGAGGAGAUUGCCAAGGAGGCUCAUGAGCUGGCUGUGAUUGCAGAGGACCCCGAUAUGACCGAUGUUCAUCAUAAACCUCAUCCUCCUCAGCCAGUUGAUACAGAACGGGUGGUGCGUCCUCAUCUUGUGGAGAACUUUGAGCAUCAUGUUGCUGAUCCUGUCCAUCACCCUACUCUUCCUAUCACAUCUACACCUGUUUUGGAAGAGGAUGCCCCUCCCCCUAGAAUCCAUCCUCUGGUCCAAAUGUCUCCUGAUUCACCUGACGAUGGUACCAAAACAUUUACAGCCACUAGAGAUGGCUACGACGUGCAUCCCUUGGUUGUGCGACCCACCACUCCUCCGCACUUUAUGCUGCAGGUCUGGGGGGCAGCCAAGUUGUCGGUGGAGUCUGCUACCAACAAGACCGUGGCUGUGGUUCGAAGCACCUUCCAGACAGCUGAGCAGCGGCCGUUCGAGUCCACCAUUGUCGCAUCUUUGGGUGGUCUUUGUGGCGGUCUUGUGACAUUUUUAUAUCUCAGAUAG